CCAGGGUUGAACCCCCCUCCUUUGUUUUUUCUGCAGGCCCAAUGGAGCAGGGAGGCUGGCAGCGGUGUCUGCUGCUGCUGCUGGGCAUCCAGCUGGCCAGCAGCCAGUGCCCAGAGCAGUGCCAGUGUGUCCGCAGUGCCCAGGUGGAGUGCUUUGGUGCCGACAUCAGCACGGUGCCCGGCCCCAUCCCUGCCAACGCCAUGACCCUGCAGAUCAUCAACACGCGCAUCGCCGAGCUGGGCGACGCCGCCUUCGGCAACGCCUCCCUGCUCAUCGGGCUGCGCGUGGAGAAGAACCUCCUGUCUCGCAUCAGCCCCGGGGCCUUCCAGAACCUGCCCGACCUGCGCUACCUCAGCCUGGCCAGCAACAAGCUGCAGGAGCUCCCUGUGCAGGUCUUUGAGCCUCUGGACAAGCUGGAGUCUCUGCUCCUCUCCAGCAACCAGAUCCUCCAGGUUGAGCCUUCCCACUUUGCCCAUCUGAGCAACCUCAAAGAGCUGCAGCUGCACGGGAACAACCUGAAGGAGCUGCAGGAGGGGGUGUUUGACCAGCUGACCAGCCUCACCAAGCUCAACCUGGCCAGGAACAACAUCGACCGCCUGCCGCCCCGGGCCUUUGAGCGGCUGGCGCGGCUGCAGGUGCUGCGGCUCUAUGAGAACCGGCUCCGGCACAUCCCAGUGGGCACCUUCGAUGGGCUGCCGGAGCUGCAGGAGCUGGGGCUGCACCAGAACCAGCUGGAGACGCUGUCCCCGGAGCUCUUUGUGCACAACACCAACCUGCAGAAGCUCUACCUGUCCAACAACUUCCUCACCACUCUGCCGAGCGGCGUCUUCUUGCCCCUGCACGCUCUUGCCAAGAUCACCCUGCACGUCAACCGCCUGCGGGACAUCUCCCCCAGCGCCUUUGGGCCUACGCCCAACCUGCAGGAGCUCUGGCUUUACGAGAAUGAGCUUUCCAGCCUCCCCACUGCUGUCUUCAGCAACCUGACCCAGCUGCAGCUCCUGGUUCUCAGCAAGAACCGGCUGCGGUCGGUGCCACCGGGGGCUUUCCAGGGCCUGGGAGAGCUGCUGGAGCUGUCGCUGCACUCCAAUGCCCUGCGCCGCCUGGAUGCCCGGGCACUGGAGGGGAUGCCCAAGCUGCAGAACAUCUCUCUGCACCACAACCAGCUGCAGGCGCUGCCAAGGGGCCUCUUCAAGGCCACCCCUGGGCUGCGGCACCUGCAGCUGCACUCCAAUGCCCUGGAGUACCUGCCCGCUGGCAUCUUCUCCCCGCUGACGGCCCUGAGAGAGGUGAGGCUGCACAACAACUCCUGGCGCUGUGACAAGGGCAUCCUGCCCCUGCAGGGCUGGCUGCAGGAGAACCCUCACAGGGUGGGUGAGAUACCCCCGGUGUGUGCCCAGCCUCCCGCCCUGCAGGGCAUCCCCAUCGCUGGGCUGCCACAGGACCACUUCAUCGACCCCCAGCCCCCCACUGCUGCUGCUCCUCAUCCCAGCACCCUGCUGCCUGCUGACACCUCUGUGGCAGCCUCAGAUGAUGCCUCAGCAGCAGAAGAUGCCUCGAUGGAGCCCCCCACGGGGCUGCCAGCCUCCCCACAUGAGGGUGAGGAGGAGAAGAAAGAGGAGGAAGAGAGGGGGCAGUGGGGGCUGACACGCCUGCAGAGUGGGGUGGUGGUAGCAGUCAUUGUGCUGGUGAGUGUGGCCCUGCUGGCUGCUCUGGUGGCACUGGUGGUCUAUGGCUGUAGGAAGAAGAGCCACGUUGUGCUCAUGAGGAUGAAGAAAACACUGUCCCAUCCCAGCCAGCAGCAUCCCUGCACAUCUGCCACACAUUUGGUGACCGACCCCGUGAUGCCACACUUGUGCAGGCUGCUGAUCUACGUGCUGCUGGGGCUGGGGUCCCUGCUGGUGGGGGCACUGUCCCCAUCCUGCCCCCCUGCCUGCCAGUGCUAUGACACCUCCAAAGUCUUCUGCUCAAGUGAAAGGAUACGGGAGAUCCCGGAGGGCCUGCCAGGAAGUGCCACCCACCUCUUCUUUGUGGAGACAGCCCUGAGCAGCAUCCGCAGCGGGCACUUGGGCUCCAGCACCACGCUCACCAAGCUGGUCUUCAUCAAAAACAACAUCCAGGAGCUGCAGCCUGGUGCCUUUCAGGGGCUGCCCAGCCUCACUGAGCUGGAAGUGUCAGGCAACCCCUUGCCAGCUGUCAGCCCUGGGACACUAGCAGGCUUGACCAGCCUCAGCAAGCUCUCCCUCAGUGCCAACACCAUCCGCACCCUGCAGCCGGGGCUCUUCACUGCCUCUUGCCGCCUGCAGGACCUGAGCUUGGCAGGGAACAGGAUCGAGGCACUGCCCCCUGGCAUCUUCCGCCCACUCCGGGGGCUCCAGGCCCUGGACCUGUCACAGAAUGCUCUGCCCGAGCUGCCGGAUGGGCUGCUGGCCCCACUUGUCGCCCUUCGUGUCCUCAAGCUCAGUGACAACCUGCUGGCACGGCUGCCUCCUGGUGCUUUCAGGGCACUUGGCCAGCUCACCGAGCUCCACCUGGACGGCAACCGGCUGGAGGAGCUGCCCUCGGGCAUCUUCUCCAGGCUGGGGGCACUGCGGCGGCUGCAGCUGCAGCACAAUGCCCUGGGCAGCCUGGCCCCCGACAUCUUCACGGGUCUCCUCAACCUCACUGUCCUCAGCCUGGAGGGCAACAACCUGGCCAUCGUGCCUGCCCUCCUGUUCGCUGGCACCCCUGGCCUCCUCCACCUCUCGCUGGCUCGCAAUCAGCUGGAGACACUGCCCCAGGAGCUCUUUGCAAACCUGUCAGUGCUGGAAACCCUGGAGCUCUCACACAAUGCCAUAGAUCACCUGCCCGUCGGGGCUUUCCAGGGUCUGGAAGGGCUGACAGAGCUCCAGCUGAGCCACAACAACCUUUCCAGGCUGCCGGCGGGGCUGCUGGCCGGGCUGCCCCUCCUUACGGCCCUGGUGCUGGACCACAACCGCCUGGCCCGCAUGCCCGCGGGGCUCUUCGAUGCCAACGAUGAGCUGGUGCGUGUGGGGCUGGCUGGCAACCCCUGGCUCUGCGACUGCCACCUCUCCUACCUCCUGCACUGGCUCCAGAGCUUUGCUGAGCCCCUCACCCACGGCCAAGCCUUCUGUGCCAAUCCCGCUGCUCUCCAGGGCCGGUCCCUGCUGGAGGUUUCCCGCGGGCAGCUGCAGUGCCCGGGAGCACACGGUGUGCCCCCGGAGGAGGGCUGGGACACAGAUGCUCCGGGGCAGUGCACCUACAGCGACCCCGAGGGCACGGUGAGCGUGGCCUGCAAUGCCACAUCGUGCCAGCAGCUGAACCUGCGCCUCCCUCCUCCCGGGCCGGAGCGGGGCCUGGGGGCGGCCUACCGGCGGGCCUGGCUGCUGCGCUCCCGCUGCGGCACGCUGCAAGUCAGCGUCCUUGUCACAGCACAGAGAGGGAGCGAGGUCACACCACCAGCUCCCCCUGCCGUGCCCUAAGGCCUGGGCAGGCGUUUGCUUCUGCUCUGGCAGCCUCUGGACCAGCCUGGGAAGCAAACAGCUCUCCAUCUCGCUCUGCUACUGCUGCCAUGGUCCCCAGCUGUCCCCGAGCUCUCUGCAACAGCUGCCCUGGGGCUAUUUACCCUCUCAGCUAUGUGUUU